GCUGCGCGCACACGGCAGCCGCCAGCCGUCCGCUUCGUACGUUCGUGCGCAUCGCCCCCGUUCGCUCCGCGCGCCUUGUUGCACUCACCGUCUUCCUACUGCUGCCCCGCGAGAGUGCGUUCGUUAACCAUUCGCGCAGCAGGUGAGGUUGGGGCCGACGAGGCCCCGGCCGCUCGGAGUACGCUCGACGUGGUAUUGAUCGCAUUCCGUCCCGUUGGACUAUCCAAUGUUUAUAAACAGCCGGCCGCAUCCAUUCGCUCCUUGUUUUCGGUACGAUUGUCUGAUAGCGAGUGAUCCGGACUGCCGGUCCUGAUUGCGCUAAGGUUGCAACUGUAAACAACCGUCUGCCGAAGUUUAAUCAUAUUGACAAGGAGACAGUAGUCAAUAAGUAAGAAAUGUUCAUGUGGACUGGGUCACGUGGCGGAGAUAAUAAUAAUAGAUCUCAAUAGGGUACGAAAAUUUCGAUUUUUAACUACUGAGUGAAGUGAUACUUAAGACUGAUAAGGAUAUGAAUUCUAUAGAUGGAUUAUUAAAAGAAAGCGCGUGAAAUGUCAGGAGUUAAUUAGAGAGGCAGCGAUGCUGUCGUAUAUGGUGCCGGUGGAGCAGAAGCCGCCGGUGGCGCCGGUGGCGCCGGCGGGCAAGUCGCGGCUGGCGCUGGAACUGGCGGCGGCGCCCGGCAGCCCCGAGUCGGCGGCGCGGCGCGCGCUUAAGACCGCUAUAUCUAAGGACUCGUCCACCAGCUCGUUCGCCAGUGACCUUACGCUUUCCUCCUCGACACCCACGGGUGCACACGACAAGCCCAAACACAAGCUGCUCUCCAACGGCACCAAGCACACCUCUUUGAAGCGGGUAUCAUUCGGGAGCUCUAAGGGGUCUAUGGUGGAGACCCUGAUCUACGAAAGUCCCCUUCAAGAGGAGCCCGAAAGCAGUCCCCCGCCAAAGUUGCAGGAGACCGCGUUUCCCUACACCCCAGUGGAGGACGAUUCGGAGCGCGCCAAGGUCCGUGUAUCGUUCUACCAGGGCGCGCGCCCGCAGUGCCUGUCCCCGCCGCCGCCCGCCUCGCACGAGCUGUACGCGGCCCUGCUCGCGGCACAUACCGACAUGGCGGACCACACCGCCUACAACCGACAGAUCAGCACCGAGAGCGGAUGGGACAACCCGUUCCGGCCGGACGGUGACUUGAGCCGCGAGGCGGACGAGAUCGUCUCUCUGAUCAAGGGCGGUAAGCCCAUCACGCCCACGCCCACUGCGCAGCCGCAGCUCGCGCCGUGCGAGGAGGAGGAGAAGCAGCACGCUAACAACCUCAGCGCAAAUGCGCCCUCUUCGCCCCAGACGAAAGUAUCGAGUCCGGUGGUGGCGAGCACCCCGAAGGCGAUGAACGGCACUAAGAACGGCGCGGCGGCCGAGCCGCGCGCGGGCGCCGUGGAGGUGAGCCGCGCGCCGCCGCCCGAGCCGCAGCAGCCCGAGCACGUCACCAUCAAGAAGAAGCCCAAGUGCAAGUGCUGCGUGCUGCAGUAACCGCCCCGCGCUACGCGCCCGCCGCACUGCGCACCGCCCGCACCGUACGUUCGCUUCUCUAUUCGUCGCAUGACCCAUCUCGACCUUGGUGUUUACACGGUGCUAUUUCAUUUUUACCCAUGUUCACAAUUUUAAUGUUUCGCGAUGGAUUUCUAUCAUUACAUUUAUUGAAAUUAAUAGGUUAUCAAUACGGUCUUUCCGACUAUCAAUAUAUUAUUUGUGAUAUUUUUCUAUAAUUACAAGUUUACAGAUACUUGUCUGCUACUUAUGUAGUGUUAGUUAGGGUUCCGUACCAAAACCUUUAAAUAACUUUUAUGUGAUACUACUGUUGUAAUCUUUCACUAUCAAUUAAAAUAAACAAAUCAAAUCCCGCAUUCACUACAAAACCUAUUGGCCAAUUAUUAAAUAAGAUCAAUAGUGAAAAACGUUUUUCUUCAAUCACACUUUCAACUAGAAAGUUCAUAAACCCGAAUCCAAACUAUGUACUUGAGACCACCUACUUUGAUUGAGUUGCAUGUAAAUAACUAAUUAUAUUAUAUACAAUGUUAUCUCAAUACUUAUUGUUUACAGCUUAUAACGUCGACUACAAAGUACGGAAUCCUAAGCGAGCGAGUGUAACUCGUGAGAAUAAGUUUAACUUUAAUUUUGAACCUUAUUUUUAACUGCAUUUUUAAAUACUUUCAUUUGUAACUGAAAGUAAUGACAUUAGAUACUAUCAAAUUAAAGGUACAAAGAAAAGUAUUUAUUUCAUAGUUUCACUGAAAACGUAAGAUUUUAAUUUAUUAUUGAUUAUACCGAUGAACCUGUUCGUAAAUCCAGUGAUGUGCCGCACUUGUACACUUGCACAGUGUCUCGCAUGACUUGAUGUCGCUAAUAAAGAAAUGAAUGAAUCUCAGGAUUAUUACUUUCUCAGAGAAAGUGAAUAACAGAAGAUUAAACCGGUUAACAUGUCAUAGUGUUACUAUAUUUGUGCAAAAUACAUAUAAAUUAAAUUUACUGGCUCAUUUUAAACUGUAAAAAAUUAUACUGUAAUAAUCGUGUUACAAUGAAUGUCAUAAUUUUGGAAUACAUAAUUUAUUUUAGAACUGUUACUUUAGAGUUGAAUGUGUUAAAUAAUAUUUAGACGUAAUCUUAAUGUAUAUUUUUUAUAUGUUUAUUUAAAAGUAUUAAGAAACGUACAGAAAUUCAAAUGUUUGGAUAUUUAAGUUGCGGGCCGCUUCAGUGGCACCUCACCCGCUACUUAGAGCGGCCACUCACAGAAUGGAACUUUUUUCGACAUGAAUAUGGUCUAAAUGUAAUAAAUUUAUCAAUGAAUGUUACGAUUGUUGUUACGAUAUUAAUGUAUCCCUCUAAAAUAAUUUACGCUUGCGUCCAGUAGUGUUUUGUAAACAUAAAUGCUUUUUACAAUAUGUGACACGAAUUAGGUUUUUACCUAUUUUUUAAGAUAAUAUUAGAUGCAUUUCGAUGCUCAAAUUCAAUUCUGCCGUAUCCUAAUAGUUUUCGUAGAACAAUAGAUACUUUUUAAUAUCAUUUGAAAGGUCUUGAGCAACGGAUCCUGUACCAAUUUUGUAGUAGAAAUGCCGCAGUGUUACUUUAGGCGCAAAAACUUUUGUUAACUGCCAUUCAGGUUUGUUAGGAGCGGGUUUCUUGGAUAUCUUUAUCCGAAAUAACAUUUGUCUACAAGGAAUUAGUAACUUUAAAAAAAUCAUCGUCGUCACUUUUUUAUUUAAGACUACUAUUUAGACUCUUAGCAACAUCUAAUUAAUAUUUAUUUACUUAUUGGUUGUAAGAACCAAAUAAUGUAGAAAAUUGAUGUAAGAAUAUGACUUGGAAGUGUUCUUCCUUGUGGACUAACGUCAUCACUAGAGCUGUUAAAUUAUUACAUAUUCUCGAGCACCAUAUGUGCUCAGAAUAUUAAUGAAAUAAUGAAUUGAAUGAUCUUUAACAUUAGAUUGUUUUAGUUCGUGACGCUUUAAUAAUGCGUAAUUAAAUGCAUGCAUUUAUGACACUUUUCUGCUACGACCCAUAUUUUUACCAUGUUUAAUGUCGAAUACCUGUUUACUUGGGCACACGUAAGUGAUCUAUACUUUAUAUAUACUGUCUUUUAUUAUUCAGUAUAAUUUAUGAACAUUGAAUUUCUAUUCCUAUUUAAAUUGAAUUGUGAAAAGGCGGCUAUUCCAUAUUGGAUUACUAAAUUAUGAUUUUAGAAACAAAAUUAUACUUUUAUUACAUUGGUUGCAAUAGUACUUAUUGUAAGUCAUUUAAUCCAGUGCAAAUAGUCGCCUUUAUAUUGUUUGAUAAAAUCUGUAUAUAACAUACAUUAAGGAAGAUUAAUUGAGGGAUACAAUUAGGUCUCAUUGUGUUGUCGAGUAGUUGGUAGCUGUCGACAAAUAGGCUACUGACGCUAGACCAGGGGUGCCGAGAGUACGAGGUGGUCGAUUGGUUUGUACUUUUUGUAACAUAGCUCUCGGAUUAUUAUUGUUAAUAUCUAAGUCUAUAUAUAUAUGUAUACAUAUAUAGAUUAUUUAUAAUUUGCACGACCUAGCUACAUUAUUGUAAUAAUAUUGAAGAAAUAGGAUAGCUGCCUUUGUUAUAAUUGCUUAAUUCAUUUACUUGAAUAAGUUAUUGAUAUUAUGAUAAAAUCAUAAAAUCAGAAUGAAAAAUAAUAAUUUGUUUUCUUUUUAGUCGGGCAAAAAGAUGGAACCGAAAUGUAAAACAGUCCUGGAUGUCUAGCUUAUCUGCUUCGCGUGAUAUGGCAGCAGGGAAUUGUCGUAUAGCAGCUCGAAGCUCAUUCUCAGAGCUGCUACACAAAUUUUACACAGGAUUUUAGAAUUUAAAUGUGUAGUGCGACGAUUAUAGGAGAAUACUACUGGCGCAAUCAGAUAGAUAAUGUUAAGAAUUAAGUUAUUAUUAUGGAUGUCAAGUAUUAUUAUUUAUUCUCAUUAGUAGCUCGGCGAAAUGAUUCUACAAAAACCGUAGAUCAGUCGAUUUGUUGUCAGUAUAUGGUUCGUUUUAGAUUGUUGGUGUGGAAUUGCACACUAUACAACGAACAUAUAUGUAUAUAUCUCAUGGUAACAUUCAUAAAUACAGAAACAAGUAAUCGCAGCAGGAUAGGGCAACUCAGACCAAGAUUGUGUUUCAGCUAAGAGCUUAAAAGGCCUCAAAAAUUAGAAUAUUUAUGAAAUAAUAAAAUAACAAUGUGGAAUAAGCUCGCCAAUUUGACCGAAUCCAUAUUUUUCUUUAAUUAUGUAAUUACACUCGAUACUUGCAGGCCACGGUGUUAGGAUGCGGAGUUUAACUUUAGGAUAACACCGCUUUUAUAAACUUAUAGAAAAUUAUAUAUUCAUAGUUUUCAUCUGUUUUACCUACAGAAAACUAUAAAUAAAAUUACCUACAUGAAACUGAUUUUGUCAAAGCCGGUCAAUUAGUUUGGCAGACACAAUGUUAGUCAAUCAUUAGUAUCAUAAUCAUCCAUAGUUCAGCUUUGCUUUAGUGGAGAGCCAACGCAGCGAUUAACGAAAGAGUAGUAGAGUAAAAUCAUGUAAAUUUAAUGAAAAUUGCAAUCGAUUCUAACAGUCUUCUAUCAGGAUUGCAAUAUUAUGCAAUGAAUAAUAUUUUAACUCAUCGCAGCCUUAUAGCGAAAGGUCCGAGACGUCGCGUCGAUCCCUAUCAUUUGAAAUUGAGCAUGUUCUUAUAGGCCACCGAGAGCUUGUUAGGCCGACGGCGGUUGGACUCAGUUCGCGGUUAGGCUGCUGUUUACAAUAUUAAUCCAGUGUCAAGUCCACGAUCUAUACGAAACCUGUACGAAACAGUUCCUUGAAAACUUAUCAUCACAUACCGUGGGCCCUUAGGGAACCAUAGAUUUAUACAAUAUCAACAGGACGUUUGCUUGUUGCUACAAUUAUUCUGUACGAUUAAAUGAUUUUAUAGUAA